AGUCUAGCACCGAAUUCUGGCACCGCAUUUCUGCACCAAAUCAUAGCGUCCGCCUUGACGACCAUUUCUGGCCCCCUCUGAGUUCCAGACCCAUUUCUGCCCGCACUGUCAGACCAUUUCUGCCCACACUGUCAGACCCAUUUCUGCCCACACCAAUUUCUGGCCCCACUGUCAAACCCAUUUCUGGCCAGACCCCUCUCUGACACUGUCAGACCACUCAGACCGCCCCCGGCCCCUAGGCACUGAAACCCUGAAACCCCAACGUAUAUCCCCACAAUGUACCUGGCUCACCCCAACUUCCGCAAACAGGCGCUACAGUACCACGAGCUGCUCCACGGCCAGAUGUACGCGGCACAGGUGCCGCAGCAGGUGCAACUUCCCAUGUCGCCCAUGGACUACUCCUACUCACAGCUGAUGCUCCCCGCCAAUCUCCUCGCCACGCCGUCGCCAUACGUGUCACACUCGUCGUUUGCACAAGUGUUCCAGCCCCCGGCGCUGCCGUUUGUUGCGUCGCCGGGCGGCUUUUCUGCGGGCCCGGGCGCUGCGGCCCGGACCUACUCCCAGCCGUCCUUGCUGCUGCACGCGUCGCUCGAGCACCUCAGCUUCUCGCGCACGGUGCUCUUGACGGGUCUCUCGGCGGCACUCAGCGUGCGCGAGAUCUUGGACCACAUUGACCACGGGCCCCUUGAGGCUGUGACUUUGACCCCGGAGGACACGCGCUUGAGGGAGGCGACGGGUCCGUGGGAGUCCACUUCCUCGGAAACCGCUCCCUCGGAGUCCACUUUCUCGGAAAUCGCUCCCUCGGAGUCCACUUUCUCGGAAAUCGCUCCCUCAGAGACCACUCCGUCGAAAACCGCUCCCUCGGAGACUACUGGAACCGCGGCUCACAACGCGGCGCCCAAAGACGCGACCCAGUCGUGUGCGUUGUCCUUUGUCAACACGUACAUCUCGUACAACUUCCACCAGAAGUACGCCAAGUCUCCCGGCCACUUGAAGACAUUGCGCAGCGCCUUGGCGGGCUCGGCUCGUCUCCAGAUCGCGGCCCCGAACCCCGCGAGCCUGGACGUCAUGCGCGUCAAAACACUCAACUACAUCAUGGAGUUCAACGCCACGCGUGCGCUCGGCGCCGUCUUCCGCAUCCUAGACCCGGACCUUGUGCCGUUGAUGGAGAAGGCCUUCCGCGUGCGCGCCGCGCGCUUCGGCUCCAUCGAGCACAUUGUCGUGUCCGAAGAUGGCGAUGUCCUGGAGUUGGAGUUCGUGGUGCACUUCACCUGCAUCGACGCCGCCAUCGGCUUGUACGAGCACUACUCAUCGCGCAUCGCCUCGGCCUCUCCUGGUGUGGCGCCUCCAGACGACGACCGCGAUGACCUCGUGCAGCUAGCGUGCCUUGCUGUGACCUUCCAGCCCGACCGUUGCGACCGCACGCCGCUCUUCUACACCCGCCAGCCGCGCCUGGCGACUCGCUUGCCGCUGUCCGAUGCCGGCCUGCUCGUCCUGGUGCUUUCUGAACAGAAACGGCCUCUGGCGCUGCAUGGGCCGCGCUUCCCACUCCACAGUAUGUCGCAGCUCAGUCUUGUCGGCAGAGCCUCGCCGCCCGGCUUCAAGGCCAUGGAUGAGGCAUCGCAUCACUCAAGCGAGGCCGUGGACCCGCACGCCGGCGGUCCCUCGCGCUCCGUGGGUUCUGCCGGUAGCCACUUUGGGUCCGACGACUCGUGCCCGCCCUCGCUUAACAUGGGACCCACGGAAUACUUUCCCGACCAGAGCUUUGACUCCGUGCAUUCCAGCUUUGCGCCAGACUCUUAUCUCCACGGGCCGCCUGGUCCGUAUCUGGGGGGCGUGAAUGCACCGUACGUCUCGCGGCGUCUGCGCAACCAUCGCUCGGACUCGCUCAGCUCAUGCAAUAGGACAAUCUACUUGGGCAACCUCCACCCAAAGACCACAGUCGAGGAGAUUGCCAAUAACGUGCGUGCCGGCGGGUUGGUCGAACUCAUCAAGCACUACCAAAGCAGACGUGUGUGCUUCAUCACAUUCGUCGAUCCUGCCGUCGCGCUCAAAUUCUACUUGAGCUAUCAGGUCUUGCACCAAUUGGUGAUUCGCGAUAGUGAAAUCACCGUCAAUUGGGGUCAGGUCCACUCGGGACCCUUGCCCCGCAAAAUAGCGUGUGCGGUGUCUUCCGGGGCAUCCCGAAAUGUGUACAUUGGAUUCCGCAUGGGUAGGCAGGGGCCUCCUGACUUGAAGAUCCCCGACGAGUCGACAUUACGAAGAGACUUUUCCAAGUUUGGUCCUAUGGAACAAAUCAACCACCUCCGCAAGAAGGAUUGUGGCUUCAUGAACUUCCUCGAUAUCUCCGAUGCCAUUGAAGUGGUCGAGUGCUUCGACAUGCGGGACGCGACAAGAAUCAGCGCCAUUGUAGGUGACGAGGGUCAGUUCUACGAAAAGUAUCGUCACUUCAAGAUUAGCUACGGUAAAGACCGGUGCGGCAACGCUCUCAAGUUUAGUUACGUGAAGCGCGACAAGGUGCCCGAGACGUCAGCACGCCCUGCCUCUGGAAAAGGGUCAAGCAAUAACAUCACCUCGCAUAAGAAAGUGGACUCCAUUGAUGAGGAAGCUGCAUAUGUGUUUGGUAUUAGUACCAAUGCUGUCCAUGAGUGCAAAUCAUCUCUUUCAAUGAACGCCUUUGCUGAAAGUACCAUGAUUCAAGAUGAUGAUAGUGCGACUUCGCCGGAGCCCGAUAAGGCUGCAGAUGAGAAACCUCGCUUGUCUCCUUCCAGGCCAGAGAACACCGGUAGGCAAGAAAGCCAGAAUGGCGGGAGCACGGCUAUGCUGGAGGCCGCGCCUGGAUUUGAUGGUAGAGACCCGGAUGAUCAUUUAUAUGAGAAUGACGAUGAAGAAGAAGAAGACGACGAUGACAUAUCCAUCAUCAUCAAUCCUGAAGUUGAUGACCCCUCGUUCCUGGGCAGGAAGAAACCAUCGAGGAAAAAGCCGCAGAAAAUCUACCACAAUAAUUUCGAGCUUUCAGAUUUGCUCAAUGCUGCGUUCAGUGCCAACGCAGCCUCCGUUGAAAGCUUCUCUCCAAACAACAGCUUCACCCAACUCCCGCAUGGGGCUUCCGUGUAUGGAAUGCCCCACCGCCCUCCCAUUGCUCCAAUGCAACAUCUUAGGCAUCAUCCCGGGGAACUUUCUUUUGCGCCGUCUCCUCCACUACAAGGCGGUGUAUAUGGACACGGGGCUCCUUAUGGCUCGGGGUCCCAAGUGAUGGCGGAAUACUUGGCGAGGUCUCUGCACGAGAACUACUUGUAUGCGGCCUCAGUCUUGGAUGAAAAUUCGGUUGACAAUAUCAGAGACUUGCGAAAGCCCACCGGAGGGUACGUCAAAAAAUAGAGCACAAAGUUGCUAUCCCUAUUAUACUAUAUAUAUUACGAUGAAUGAACACUCGGUCAUGGUUAUUUGGGCGGUGUAAAUCACCAAACAGCGCAACGUCGCAUAUAUGCCUCGCUCGCGAAUGGGGAUCCAGAAGCACAUCACUGACAAAGAUGCAGAGAUACUAUCACUGAUGAAGACGCAAACAUAUCCAUUGGGGACGACAAUGAAUUAAGAGAGCAUCCCACUAGGUUUCCA